AUGGAGCUGAAGUCUAUGUGGGAAUUGCAGUCUAUCGCAGACGGAGCCAAGGCCAAGAAUGACAACGGUGAUCGGGUGGACUGGCCGGGUGGCCGAGCAAUAGUACCCACCGUUGAAUUUGUGACUGACGAUCCCGCCGUCCCCCCCUCAAAAAUGCCUUCCUUCACCACCAAGACCAUCCUCACGGCCCUCGCCGGCGCCGCCUCCGUCUCGGCCCACGGUCACAUCACCAAGGUCACCGCCGGCGGCAAGGAGUUCCCCGGCUUCAGCCCCUUCAACGGCAUCAACGCCCAGACCCUGACCUCCCAGACCGUCGGCUGGGGCACGCUGCAGAGCGACAACGGCUUCGUGCCCGUCUCGUCGCUCGGCAACGCCGACAUUGCCUGCCACAAGAGCUCCAAGGCCGCACCGGCCUCGGUGCCCAUCGCGGCCGGAGAGACCAUGACCAUCCAGUGGGACACCUGGCCCGACAGCCACAAGGGCCCCGUCAUCAACUACCUCGCCGACUGCGGCGCCGCCGGCUGCGACAAGGUCGACGCCGCGUCGCUCAACUUCUUCAAGAUCAGCGAGGCCGGUCUGGAGAACGGCGUCUGGGCUGCCGACCAGCUCAUCAAGGACGGCAACAAGGCCACCGUCACCAUCCCCCGCAACCUGGCUGCCAGCAACUACGUGCUCCGCCACGAGAUCAUCGCCCUGCACGAGGGCAACCGCGAGGGUGGUGCCCAGAUGUACCCCCAGUGCGUGAACAUCAAGGUCACCGGUGGCGGCUCCGACAAGCCCGCCGGCGUCAAGGCCACCGCUCUCUACAAGGCCGCCGACCCCGGUAUCCUGUUCAACCUCUACAACAACCCCACCAGCUACCCCAUCCCCGGUCCCAAGAUCGCGGUUGCCGGUGGCGGUGCUGCUGGCGGUGCUACCGGCGGUGGCAACAGCACUGGCGGUGGUAACAACAACACUGGCGGUAACAACAACAACAACGGUGGCAACAACAACAACAACGGCGGCAACGGCAACAACAACAACGACGCCUGCCGCCUGGCCAAGCGCGAGGCCCGCCACCGCCGCCGCGAGGCUGCCCGUCUGGCCGCUGCCCUGGCCGAGGCCCUCGCCGCUGAUGAGGAGUAA